GGUGGCCUUUACAGUGGUAACGUUAGUCUUAUCUAGCCACCACUAUUGCUGCUGUUGCUGUAUAACUUUGAGCUUGUUGAGGGCUGUCACAUGACGGAAUGUGCUAAGUAGAUAGAUAUGUGUGUAUGUGUGCAGCAGAAGAGAUCGGGCCUACUGUAACCGCGAGAAUGAUGUGGCGUUUCGUUUUCCAUACCAACUGAGCUGCGUUCGUCAGUAAAGGCGACUUUUUGAGAAACGGAGAUAGCAUUCGAAUUUCCGUUCCUUUUCGUUUUUCGAACCACACUGACAACAAUACGCAGCGUUCCUGUAUCCAGUCUCAUUUUAAAAGGGACUUGAGAGUGAAAGGGAAUUUGGCAAGAUGGCAGCAAUGACAGGAGGGAUAGGACUAUGCAGGAAUUAAUCGCUUCCAUCACCAUAGCGCGCAGUGACUGCACGCUUUUAUCCGUGGCGGACAGCUUCAGUGUGAUGACGUUUUACCAGGUUCUCCGUGGCUAUUGACGAGGAGGUUCAAAUUGGUGUACUCACUUGCCUUGCAUCAAUGCGGGAUUUGAUCUUGAACGCGCAAGGUAGGAAUGUGCAAUCCGCUCAUUGAUGAACGAACUCGCGCUACACAGUAGAUUACUCGUGAACGAACUGUAGUCAUUGUACUGUUGUUAUCAACAUUGCUCCAGGCGAGGAGAAAUACGACGAAUAUGCAGGCGAGGAGAAAUACGACGAAUAUGCAGCAACCCGUUUUGAACUGUUGCGAUUGUCAAAUGUAAAGUCGCUGUGGCUUGCAUAUGGAGCCAGGGAGAAUAGUCAUUGUUUAAUAGUUAUGGUGCUAAGACAUUUAUAAUGGUCCACGAGUAAUACGAUUAAAAUAUAUCCUGAUCAGCAUAGCGGUGCUACUAGAGGAUUUUCUCAAUUCACGCGGAGUUGAUAGUGACCCUUGGGCACUGCUGGUCUGGAAUAGCAACAAAGGCGGGGGCGCGCAUUCAUGGAAUGCGAAUUUGACAACUCUCCACUACUUAUCUACUGACCUUAUCAGCGGGCAGCAGGGACGUGCAAGUGACUGAAGGAGAGAUGGCCGAGGUUCCAGCCCCCAGCAUUCACACUGAGUUGGACGUGGCCAUAGACCCAGACUUCGAGCCACAAAAACGGCCACGAUCGUGCACAUGGCCGUUGCCCCGACCCGAGUCCAAUUCUGGCAAACCAGAGAGUAACGACACUGACAUUAUACCUGAGGAAGACGAUGAUGAAGAGGAACAACAUGCCACUUCCUUGGCCAUCAACGUCAAUGGCACCAGCUCCAGCCUGGGAGCAGACGACCAGAACAGCAACAGCCCUACGGCCGAAGGACUGCUGUCCAGACAGGAAAAUGGAGGCUCCCCGCUCCCCUCCCAGUCCCCCACGGCCACUUCUGGCACAGUCAGCACCAGCAGCCCGGGGGUGCAGACUGCACGGAAGUCCUCGUCGCGCAGAAACGCGUGGGGGAAUCUCUCAUAUGCUGACCUGAUAACCAAAGCCAUAAGCAGCACGCCAGACAAGAGAUUGACUCUGUCUCAGAUUUAUGAGUGGAUGGUGAGAUGUGUGCCGUACUUCAAAGACAAAGGUGACAGUAACAGCUCAGCUGGGUGGAAGAACUCCAUCCGGCACAACCUCUCCCUCCACAGUCGUUUCAUCCGUGUCCAGAACGAGGGAACGGGAAAGAGUUCCUGGUGGAUGAUAAACCCGGAAGGAGGAAAAGGUGGGAAGGCCCCCAGGCGCCGUGCUGUCUCCAUGGACAACAGCAACAAGUACACCAAGUCUGCCCGCGGCCGCGCAGCCAAGAAGAAGGCGGCCCUCCAGGAAGUGGCGGCAGGCGAGGGGGGCGGAGACAGCCCCGCAGGGCUUUCCAAGUGGCCGGGCAGCCCCACAUCACGGAGCAGUGAGGACCUGGAUGCCUGGACAGACUUCCGCUCACGCACCAACUCCAACGCCAGCACGCUGAGCGGGCGCCUCUCACCCAUCCUGGCCAACCCAGAGCUGGACGAGGUGCCGGACGAUGAACCGCCGCUGUCGCCCAUGCUAUACUCCAGCCCUGGCAGGGUGCUGUCGCCCGGGAACGCCCCCACACCCAAUGGGAAGGCAGUACCCGCAGAGCUGCCUCGCUUGGCAGACCUGGCAGGAACCAUGAACCUGAACGACGGGCUGGCGGAUGACCUGAUGGAUGAGCUGCUGGAUAACAUUACUCUGGCCCCCAACCCAACCGGACCGACCACCCAGAGAGGAUCCACCGGGUUCAGCUUUGGCUCCAAACCUGCCGGGUUGGGCUCCACCUCCUCAGCCGCCUCUCCCUCCGCUGCAUCACCCUCUAAUGGUGCAAGCAGCGGCGGCUACAAUAAUUCCAUCUUCGGGCCCCUCGCAGCGGGUUCCUCCCUGCGGCCCGCCCCCAUGCAGACCAUCCAGGAGAAUAAGCAGACGUCCUUCUCCUGCAUCUCCCGCUUCGGCAGCCAGACCUUGCAGGACCUGCUCAACUCAGAGGGCCACAGCCACAGCGACGUCAUGAUGACCCAGUCCGAUCCGCUGAUGUCACAGGCCAGCGCCGCCGCCGUCAUCUCCCAGAACUCCCGGCGAGGCCUCAUGCUCUGCAGGGACCCCAUGAUGUCCUUUGGGACCACGGUUGCUGGACAGGGAGGGCAGGGAGGUCUCUUGCACCCUCUCAACCACAACCAGGGCUCCCUCAGGACCCUGAACGGGGGUCUGAGCCUGAACAACGAGGCCAACGCCAAGCAGCAGCUCCUGCACUCUCCACUGAGACUUGGAUCCAACGGAUCCUCUAUGAUGCAGAUUGAUACGUCUCUCUUCCUGAACGGGAGCGCUGGUGGCAGUGGUGGGAUCUGCUCGCUAGGCCCCGACCGCUUUCCCACUGACCUGGACUUGGACAUGUUUAACGGGAGCCUGGAGUGUGACAUGGAGUCCAUCAUAAGAAAUGAGCUGAUGGACGCAGAUGGCCUGGACUUUAACUUUGAGUCUCUGGCCAACCUGAAUGGAGCCAACCUUGGCAGCUUCACCAGCACCAAGCAGGGACCUCAGAACUGGGUCCCUGGCUGAGAGGGAGGACUCGCUCUGGAGGUGGCGGAGCAGGUCCCAACUGUAAAGCAUGAGAAGAUCAGACACAAAAUGUCCUUUUUGCCAAACCUGCCAUCAGCACAACGUGGAAUAAAACCCUCUGUUUACACAAGACCUCCUCUAGAGAAACCUACCUUUGCUCCCACUCUGACCAACCAUGAAUGAUUUCAAAGACACAGACUCACAAGACGCUACUGUCAGUUACUCAAAGCCUUCUGCAAAACAAACAAAUAAAAAAUAAACUAUGUGAAAUCUUCACAACAAGCUCAUCUCAGAAUUAUGCAAUCUUCCUUUGAGAAAAUACCAGUCGGGACAAAAUUAAUUGGAAAGAUUUCAGAGAGAGAGAGAGAGAGACUCUUUUGUUUAUUUGAAGGGAUCUUGGGAUGGGAAAACAGGAAAUGUGGCAAGCAAGGUUGUAAUGUACAGUGAAGUAAUUCCUGUUUGAAAGAUGAAAAAAAACAAAGGUAAUGUUGUGUGAAAUCUAAUACAGUGGUUUCUGGGGUGAGUUACCUUGAACAUCUUCCCUCUGUAUUCACUCAGUGAUUUUAAAUAUUUAAUUUUUGUUUUUAGUUCCUGUUUUAUCAUCAUCACUGUAUCUGCACCACACCUGUUUGUAUAAAAAAGUAUUGAUUCAAUUGAAGGAAGGAGACAAUAUCUGCAUUUAAAAUAGCGACAACACACACAUGGUACACACACACACACCUCCCAAAAUGACAAGACUCCAUAGCCCCUUAGGAGCGAUGAUGACAUAAACAUAACGCCAUGCACUUCAGGUUUUGUUGUUUUACAUGAGUUUGAUUGAUUAGUUCAAUUUUUUUAAUUACUUAUAAUAAAAAUAAUGAUGAUGUACAGUUAUCCUUAGCCAAAUACUAUACAGAGAGUUUGGUAAUUGUUUGUGUGUAUCUACAGUUGAAGUCGGAAGUUUAAAUUACGCCUUAGGCAAAUACAUUUAAACUCAGUUUUUCACAAUUCCUGACAUUUAAUCAGUUAGGAUCACCACUUUAUUUUAAGAAUGUGAAAUGUUAAAAUAAUAGUAGAGUGAUUUAUUUCAGCUUUUAUUUCUUUCAUCACAUUCCCAGUGGGUCAGAAAUUUACAUACACUCAAUUAGUAUUUGGUAGCAUUGCCUUUAAAUUGUUUAACUUAUGUCAAAUGUUUCGGGCAGCCUUCCACAAGCUUCUCACAAUAAGUUGGGUGAAUUUUGGCCCAUUCCUCCUGACAGAUAUGGUGUAACUGAGUCAGGUUUGUAGGCCUCCUUGCUAUCACACGUUUUUUCAGUUCUGCCCACAAACUGUUCCUAGGCCGUCAUUGAAAAUAAGAAUAGGUUAUUAACUGACUUGCCAAGUUAAAUAAAGGUUAAAAAAAUAAAUGUUUUUGAACUGUUCUAUAGGAUUGAGGUCAGGGCUUUGUGAUGGCCACUCCAAUACCUUGACUUGUUGUCCUUAAGCCAUUUUGCCACAACUGUGGAAGUAUGCUUGGGGUCACUGUCCAUUUGGAAGACCCAUUUGCGACCAAGCUUUAACUUUGACUGAUGUCUUGAGAUGUUGCUUCAAUAUAUCCACAUAAUUUUACCUCCUCAUGAUGCCAUCCAUUUUGUGAAGUGCCCCAGUCCCUCCUGCAGCAAAGCACCCCCACAACAUGAUGCUGCCACCCCCGUCGUUCACGGUUGGGAUGGUGUUCUUUGGCUUGCAAGCCUCACCCUUUUUCCUCCAAACAUAACGAUGGUCAUUAUGGCCAAACAGUUCUGUUUGUUUCAUCAGACCUGAGGACAUCUCUCCAAAAAGUAUGAUCUUUGUCCCCAUGUGCAGUUGCAAACCGUAGUCUGACUUUUUUAUGGCGGUUUUGGAGCAGUGGCUUCUUCCUUUCUGGUUAAGUCGAUAUAGGACUUGUUUUACUGUGGAUAUAGAUACUUUUGUACCUGUUUCCUCCAGCAUCUUUACAAGGUUUGCUGUUGUUCUGAGAUUGAUUUGCAUUUUCCACACCAAAGUACAUUAAUCUCUAGGAGACAGAACAUAAUCUCCUUCCUGAGCGGUAUGACGGCUGCGUGGUCCCAUGGUGUUUAUACUUGCGUACUAUUGUUUGUACAGAUGAGCGUGGUACCUUUAGGCAUUUGGAAAUUACUCCCAAGGAUGAACCAGAGAUGUGGAGGUCUACAAAAAAAAAUUCUGAGGUCUUGGCUGAUUUUCUUUUGAUUUUCCCAUGAUGUCAAGCAAAGAGGCACUGAGUUUGAAGGUAGGCCUUCCAAUACAUCCACAGGUACACCUCCAAUUGAUGUAAAUUAUGUCAAUUAGCCUAUCAGAAGCUUCUAAAGCCAUGACAUAAGUUUCUGGAAUUGUCCAAGCUGUUUAAGGCACAGUCAACUUAGUGUAUGUAAACUUCUAACCCACUGGUAUUGUGAUACAGUGAAUUAUAAGUGGAAUAAUUUGUCUGUAAACAAUUGUUAGAAAAAUGACUUGUGUCAUGCACAAAGUAGAUGUCCUGACCGACUUGCCAAAGCUAUAGUUUGUUAACAAGAAAUUUGUGGAGUAGUUGAAAAACCAGUUUUAAUGACUCCAACCUAAGUGUAUGUAAACUUCAGACUUUGUAACUGUAAAAAAAGGAAAAAUAAAUCAUUAACCUGUCAUGGAUCUAUGUAAAGUACACCAGUGGAAGCUUCAAGUUAAAGGAAGAGCCGAGGAGGAGGUGGGAGUUUAGCCGUUAUUUCUUAGCUAAUUGGAAGGUUGCAUCCAGGACUUGUAGUACAGCAUAUGUAGCCAAAAUGAAUACCUAUGUUCUUGCGUUGUGUACAUUUACACACCAUAACAGGUGCUAUGAUGUAAACAGUGUUUGAGUCCAGGCUCUAGCGAUCCGUGCGUUUUACCUACGCGGCCUGCUGAGCCGUAGCCAUAGAAGUAGCAACAGCAGGGUGGCGCUGAGAGGCCAGGAGGUUGUACAGUCAGGCUCCACCCCCUCUUGCAGCCAUUUUGUUUUUCUUGAGCAAAACCAUAAGCUAUCUGUGUAUAUUGCCAAAUUACUUGAAACAUGUACAUGUAGGUGAUGCUGGCAGCCAAAUUCACAACACACACACAUUGAAAAAUAAAAAAUAAGAGCAGGGAUAUGUGUUUUAGCUCUGCUUGUUGUUUCGCUGUGGGCUUGAGGGGCAUGUUAGUAUCUGCAUAUACCAUCACUCAGGGGGAAGAGGGAGCUAGCCCAUACCUAACAUUACCCCAGGUCACAUCUCCAUGGUAGGACACGCAACAUGUCCUUUGUUGGCAAAAAAGUAAUGCUUGUGUCGUGAACCUGUAACCUGUGAACUAUGACCUUUCAAGAGGAAAAUCUUCACUUGGUCCUGUCGUUUAAUUUUUUGUCAUCGUAGUUUUUUCUUCUCAUGUGGAAUUCAUGAUGCGCGCACACCCACACCCCUCACAGACACACCUGGUGCUCCUACACGUCUCUCCUAUAUCUCCCGAGUGUGUGUUCAAGUGUGUGUGACUGGGGACUUUUAUCUCAAUUAUUGAUUUUUAUCUCACAAGGAUAUGUUAUCCUUCGUUAUCCUUCAUGGCGCAUACAGCACCCCCUCUGUAUGCAUGUACUGUAUUUAUGCAUAAUGAAUUAUGUGAAAUGCAUAUAUAUAUAUACUCAGUCUAUGUCCUUAUAUACUCAUGUAGUACUUGACCCUUGUUUUUUUGUGAUGCCUCGGAAAGGUAGAGUUGAAGAAAGAACUUUACAUUACUUGCCGGGUGGGAGGGAAGACACUACGCUAGUAUUAGCAAUGCUUUUGUUGAACCAGAUAGAGAACCAGGAAACCAUCAUUGUAGCAGCAUCUGGGCCGCAGGUACCUUUUCUGUGUCUGGGGUAGUUACUCAGAGGGUUGCCCUGGCCUGAGGCAGAGGAGUGUUUGUGUAUGGCUGGGUAGGUGAUCUACUGUAGCAGUGCUACCUGAAAUUUUGUGCAUGACCCCUAACUGCUUCUUUACAGCCCCCACCCCUUCACUGAAGUUCUACACCAGUGGUGCACUCAGCUCUCUCAGUAUGGGGAGAAUCUCUAUGAGUCCCAGUAGAUCCCCUAAACUUGAAAUCUUCUAACCCCAUUGUUUUCUGGAAUCUGUGACUUCCAACAAACCUAGAACUUCUGACUCUUCACUGCACCUUAACCCUUUUAGAAAUGCCCCUGUAGUAUUAUAGUGUACAGACAGACAGAGAAGGGGAGAAAGAACCCAGUCAGCCCAGAACAGAUGUUCCACAAAUGCAUUCUUUGCUACUGCGUUUAGCCCCAUAAUGAUGGCGCAUGCCAUCCACACACAGUAUUACCAGGCUGUAUCACAUCUGGCCGUGAUUGGGAGUCGCAUGGAAAGGCACACAAUUGGCACCACGUCGUCCGCAUUUGGCCGGGGUAGGCCAUCAUUGUAAAUAAGAAUUUGUUCUUAACUGACUUGCCUAGUUAAAUAAAGGUUAAAUAUAAUAAUAAUAAUAAUUACCCCCAUGUCCAGAAAAAAAAGACAGAAGUGCCACUAGUUACUCUUUUAGUCUUGACCCGAGCCCCCCGUUCUUCAAAGCUCUUCUUGAUCCUAGAACCUUCUGCACAUUGUUUACCGCGCCCCUCACCUUCCAUGCUGUCACCUAUGAUCUCUGCUCUUUGACCCCUGUAGUACACUCGCUUAUUCUCGACGAGGUUGAUGUUAGUGGGUAUUUUUCCUGUGUAUUCCAUUUUAAAUUGUAAUCUAGUUUGUAUAACAAAUGGUGCGCAUGUAAAUAAACCUUGAUGAAGAUCCACACUC